CCCGCCGCCGCCAAUGUUGUUUUCGCUGAGUCGAGCUGCUGGCGUUGUUGGCGGCGGCGCCAUAUUGGAAGGGACGAGCCCGUUAGCGAGGAGCCCCUGGGCGCGGGCCCGGCCCGGCCGCCGCCAUGCUGUAUCUGGAGGACUAUCUGGAGAGUGAUGAUCGAGCAGCUUCCCAUGGAUCUGCGCGACAGGUUCACCGAGAUGCGCGAGAUGGACCUGCAGGUGCAGAAUGCAAUGGAUCAACUAGAGCAGAGAGUAAAUGAAUUUUUUAUGAAUGCAAAGAAAAACAAACCUGAAUGGAGAGAAGAACAAAUGACGUCAAUCAAAAAAGACUAUUAUAAAGCGCUGGAAGAUGCAGAUGAGAAGGUACAAUUGGCAAAUCAGAUAUAUGACUUGGUAGAUCGUCACUUGAGAAAGCUGGACCAAGAACUAGCUAAAUUUAAAAUGGAACUUGAGGCAGAUAAUGCUGGAAUUACAGAAAUAUUAGAAAGGCGUUCUCUGGAAUUGGAUACACCAUCUCAGCCUGUGAAUAACCAUCAUGCUCAUUCACAUACUCCAGUAGAAAAAAGGAAACAUAAUCCAUCUUCUCACCAUAGUACUACAGAUCAUGUUCCUGAAAAGAAGUUUAAAUCUGAAGCCCUUCUAUCUACGCUUACUUCAGAUGCUUCUAAAGAAAAUACACCGGGGUGUCGAAACAGUAAUUCAUCAUCCUCUUCCAACAAUGCAUACAAUACAAACUCUUCUCAGCCAUUGACAUCAUAUAACCUGGGCUCAUUAUCUUCAGGAUCUGGAGCCGGUGCUAUUACCAUGGCAGCAGCUCAAGCAGUACAAGCCACAGCACAGAUGAAGGAAGGAAGAAGAACAUCCAGCCUGAAAGCCAGCUAUGAAGCCUUCAAGAACAAUGACUUUCAACUUGGUAGAGAAUUUUCAUUAUCAAGAGACUCGUCUGGGUAUACAUCAUCAGCUCUGGCAUCUACGUUAACACAAACACUAGGUUCAUCAAACACGGAUUCACGGAGUGGUCGAAAAAGCAAAAACAAUAAUAAGUCUUCAAGCCAGCAGUCCUCAUCGUCUUCCUCCUCCUCCUCUUUGUCAUCGUGUUCUUCAUCAUCUGCUUUAGCACAGGAACUAUCGCAGCAAACAGCAGUAAUACCAGAAUCUGAUUCUAACAACCAAGUUGACUGGACCUAUGAUCCAAAUGAACCACGCUACUGUAUUUGUAAUCAGGUAUCGUAUGGUGAAAUGGUGGGAUGCGAUAACCAAGAUUGCCCUAUAGAGUGGUUCCAUUAUGGCUGUGUUGGAUUGACAGAGGCACCAAAAGGAAAAUGGUAUUGUCCACAAUGUACUGCUGCAAUGAAGAGAAGAGGCAGUAGACAUAAAUAAACUUCAUUUGGAAAACAAAGUACAUACUAAAGAUUUUAUAGAGGACUUAAUAAAAGAAAACAAAACACUUCUUUGCAACCACUUAAAAGAUUUAGCAGUCAUAAGAUAUUGAACUAUUAAUUUUGCUAGUUGUGUUUUAAUAUUGUAAGUAAAUUAUUUAUGCACUAUUGAUGUGCUACAAAUAUUCCAGUUGGCUUUGGAUUGUUCCAAUGGCCAACAUAUGCAGACAUUUGUACUCUCCAACCAUUUUCUCUAAGCAGUGGGCAUUCUACAAUAAUUCAGUCUUCAAAGGAUUCUAAGUGAAGAUUUUAAAUGUAUGUUUUAUAUUCAACAGACAUUCUGCUGCAUGUACUGUACUCAAGAGCUGUUAUGUUACAUUAUGUAUAUAAAUGGUGCAAAAAAGUCAGUGCUUCUAAAAAAGAGAGAAUAUAAGACAAUGGUUUUUAAAUGCCUUUAUAGCUUUGUUUCUUUUGUGAAACUAAAUUCAGCAGGCUGAAGAAAAUGGUUCUUGUAUAAAGCGGGCUGGUGUCCUCUGGAGUACUUGGGUACAUAAUAACAAACUUCUUUAGAGAAAAUACAAACUUGUGCCAUUAGUCUUUAUAUGUUUCUGCCCCAAACAGGGUGCAGGUCAUAAGAGAAAGGGUGUUAAAGUGAUGAUAAAUUUUUUAUACCAAAUGUGUUUAUUUUUUUGUGCGAGUAAUCCUUUAAAUUGGAAUUGUAUUAGGUGUUAAAAUAAAAAGGAAAAACCCUCAAUUGCCAAUAUUGAUGCUUUGCAUACUUUGUCAGAAAAAAAUAAAACCUUAGAAUUUA